AUGUCUCUACAAUACAGAGAGAACGAGUAUUAUUUUCACGAUGAGGAUGAACAGAAAAUGUUACUUCGUGCUCUUGCGUUAUCUCUUGAAAAGGACAACAAUGAUUAUCGGAAUAUAACCUCCGGAUCCAUGGGACUUGGACCAGCGAACCCUCAAUCAGAGGCAGAACGAGAAAUUCAAGAAUGCAGCUUGAAAUAUCUCGAAAAUCGAUGCAAUCCUGUUACAAGGGCACCAUAUUUGGAAAACAAUUGUACUUUUUGGGAAGAUUGUAUGAAUCGAAAUCCAGACAAUAAUGUUAAAGAAGCGGAACUUUAUGCUAAGCAAAUGGCUCGAAUAAUUUCCGUAUUUCUUGAGAAUUUAUCAUAUGAAGCGAGAAUGAUGUUUUUUAUAUUCCUUGUUAUGAUCUUUGGCUAUGUAACUUUUAAGCAUCAUAAAUAG